GUUUUAGUUCCCGCUCUAGCGGCGGAAGUCUUCCCUGCCUGUUCAGCCCAACCUCGUCGGUCCCAUCGACCGCCACCGCCACCGCCGCCACAUCAACGCCGAAAAUCAAGAACCGCCUCUUCGAUCCACCCCGCUUUCGAUUCGUCUCCUCUCCUCAUCAGCCGCACAAAACGCCGCAUCCCAUGUCGGCGCUCGAGUUCACGCGUCCCCCCCCCCCGGUAUAUGCACACCAUCGCGGUUCCGUCGCUUUACCUCACGCGAUGCGCCGUCUAGUUCGCGCCAAUCCAUACCAUUCGCGAGUGGCAGGGCCGGUUUCCCGCCGAAUUGGAGUUCUCUUUCUUUUGCUCGAUGGGGGAGAUGAAGAUGAGUGUCGGCGAUGGCGGUGAGUGGUCUUGGCGAAGGAAGGACCCGAAUUCUCGCGGCGGUUCUGGGAUACGUCCUGACCCUGUUGGGGAUGAUGGAGGUUCUUCUGGACUUUCUUCUGCGCCUGCGGGCAGUGAUACGCAAAAUGGGGGGCGGAAUUCACGGAUAAUGAUGUUCGGUGAUGUUCCUGUUGAUCUUGAGGCAACCCCAAAUAAUCCAUUAUUCUUCACUUCAUCAUUCAACUGCAAUGAGAGUCCUGGGAAAAGAAGAGCUGCACAAGAGAGGGACAUGGGUGCAGAUAGCCAGGGAUCACCAGAGCAUUGUGAGGUAAGGGCUGCACCAGAAGUUGUCCGCAAGAAAGAGUUGGCUUCAUAUGACUCCGAUACUCAUAGGAGAAGUGAUGGUGUAGUCAACUUCAUCAAGAAGAAAACUCAAGUAGACCUAAGGAAUCAAGAGACGCCUAGGUCUGAUGGUUCAAUUCAAGUUGAGAAGCUGCAUACUUCUACUGGUUUGAAGGAUACUACGAGCUUAAGUGCUUCCCAUUUUGUGAAUAAGAGGAAACCGUUUGAUAUUUGUCUUCCUCGAAGGAGACAAUUGGACUUUGCAGAAACUUUUGACCACAUAGAGGAUUGUGAACAAACUUAUGAAGCAGUACAAUUGGUGGAACAGGAAAACCGACUGUUAAGGCCUGGAAUGGUUCUGCUGAAGAACUACAUCACCCUCAGAGAACAGAUAAUUUCACACUCGUUCAGUACAAAAACUUUUAUUUUAUUUUGCUUUAGUUUAAUUCCUGGGUGAAACAUUCCGCCAACGGAACAUUUUCAUUUUGAUACUCAUUGUUUCAAAGUAUGGAAUGUCGUUGAUAGAUAUUAAGUAGUUGACAUUGUCCAUGAUUACAAAGGAUAUUCAUCAUCGUAAUCUCGAACCCUGCUUGUACUUUCUUCACAUUUUUAUCAUGUUAUUUUUCAUGUUUAAUAUCUCAAAUAUCUUGACAUAGACUGCUGGGUCUUAGCUUUUUAUCUCGCAGUAGCAGUUUUAUCCCAUUUCAUUCUAUCUUAUGGUACACAUAACAAAAUAUUGCAGAAUGAAAUUACAAGAAAGUGGAGAGAGAUUGGUAUUGGUCCAGGGGAGUUUUACCAACCGGUCUACCAGGAUGGAGCAAAGCUCCGUUUGCAGAUGAUGUGUCUUGGUCUCGACUGGGAUCCAAACACAAGAAAGUAUGAGCGACAGAGAUGAGUUGAUGGUUGCACAUAUUCCUAAUGAGUUUAUUCUAGCAGUCAAAAGGGCAAUGGGGGAUGCACAAGACCUUGUGAAGAAGUGUGACAGAAGAAGUAAUCUCAGUAACGAUCUCCCAACAAUGUCUCCAAACAUAUGCAUCAUCAAUUUCUACACUACCAGUGGGCGACUUGGGCUUCACCAGGAUCGCGACGAGAGCCGGGAGAGUCUGCGAAAGGGAUUACCCGUGGUCUCAUUUUCCAUCGGCGAUUCAGCCGAGUUUUUGUUUGGAGAUCACAGGGAUGUGGACAGGGCAGAGAGGGUCGUGCUGCAAUCGGGUGAUGUGGUGACAUUCGGUGGCGUGUCGAGAAUGGUGUUUCAUGGCAUAUCGCCUGUCAUCCCUAACUCCGCUCCCAAGGCAUUGCUCGAUGAGGCCGGGCUACGCCCCGGACGCCUUAACCUAGCCUUUCGACAGUUCUGAGUUUUGGUGGACAUGUCUGCUAUCUGGUUAAAAAUGUAUUGAAGUGCAAGCGCUGAUGUAUAUGUAAAUGUCGUGAUUCGCUA